CGCACGAGCUGGAGAAGGCCUUCUGCUGUUUUUAGUAGGGAAAGAGGGGAAGAAAAAUGGCGGCUGUGUGCGACCCGGAGCGGGACACCGGCCAUUCCGUUCGAGCUUUCGUCCGUUAAUCGAGUCCGCUGCUUGUGACGGACUUUUGGAAAGAAGUUUAUGGGAGGCUGGGCUCGGAGUUUAUUGAUAAUUGCGUGCUUUGGUGUGAUUUUCUUUCUGUACGACUAGUGGCGCGAAAUAAGGUUGUAAAUAAAGAGAAAACAGUAAUAAAAUAGUGCAACAUCCUUUUAUAAAAACAACAUGAGAGGAAGAAGAAGUAGACCAGCUGUAAGGGGACUGGUGCCGGAGGAGGCAGCGGUGCUGCGUGGAAGGCGAGGCAGCAGAGGCAGAGGCAGGGGCAGAGGCAGAGGGCUGUGGAUACUCGACUGUGUUCUGGAUGAAAACUACCAGCCAUCAAAAAGGGGGCGACGGAGAGGAAGCUCGUUACCGAGGGGCAGAGGAGGCAGAGGCAGCAGGGGCAAACGGGGAGGAAGAGGAAGAGGAGGAAGGCGCAAAGCAUUGAGCAAAAUAAUUUACGACGACCACGAGAGCAGCAACGAGGAGGAAGACGACGUUGUGACUUUACACUCCGAGGAAGACGAGGACGACUUCUUCCGGCGAUCUGAAGAAGAUGAAGAAGAACAUUUAGAUGAUGAUGAUGAAGAUGAUGAUGAUGAUGGCUCUAACUAUGUGGAGGAACCGCCGGACGAGGACGACGCGAGCUGCAGCAGCACCUGCGGCGACACACCUGCGGGCCGUCGGAGAACUCGUGUGCAUCGUCCGUGUUCCCCUGUCUUUGAGAAGGAGAAUGUCCCCUAUCUGGAACUCCCCAAGUCAUCCGACGAUGUGCUGGUGCCAGCGACGCACCUCCUCACAGCAGCUUCCAUCUAUGAGGUGCUGCGGAACUUUAGCACGGUGUUGCGUCUCUCUCCGUUCCCCUUUGAGGACUUCUGUGCAGCUCUGUCCGGACAGGAUCAGUGCACACUGCUGGCCGAGACUCACAUCUCGCUCAUGAAGGCCAUCCUGCGUGAGGAGGACACGUCUAACACGAACUUCGGCCCAGCAGAUCUGAAGGACAGCGUGAACUCGACCCUUUAUUUUUUGGAUGGAAUGACAUGGCCCGAGGUGGUGCGGGCCUACUGCGAGAGUGAUCUCGAGUACCAGCAUCUUCUGAGCUUCCAGAACCAAGACAACUUCCCCUACGAACCUCUUGAGAGCAAGCUGAAAGUCCUACAGUUCCUGGUGGAUCAGUACUUGGCGACUAACGUGGCACGGGAGGAGCUGAUGUCAGAGGGCGUGAUCACAUACGACGAUCACUGCCGCGUGUGCCAUCACCUUGGCGACCUGUUAUGCUGCGAGACCUGCUCUGCUGUCUAUCACCUGGAGUGCGUGAAGCCACCGCUGCUCCAGGUGCCUGAGGAGGAGUGGCAGUGUGAGGUGUGUGUAGCUCACCGGGUGCCAGGUGUGUUCGACAGUCUCACCGAGAGCCAGAAGACUCGCCCCUACAUCAGACACGAACCAAUCGGAUUCGACCGUCACAGGAGGAAAUACUGGUUCCUAAACCGACGGAUAAUAGUUGAGGAAGAUGGCGAGCACGAGGACAAGGCGAUCUGGUAUUACAGUACCAAGGUGCAGCUGGCGGAACUAUUAGAAGUGCUGGAUAAGACGUACUGGGAGAAACAACUCUGGACCACACUGGAGGAACUGAGAGACGAGAUCCACACACACAUGGACAUCACUGAGGAGCUCACUAACAAAGCCAGAGGCAAUAACAAGUCUUACCUCACUGCAGCUAACGAGGAGAUCCUGGAGCGUGUGAGAGCCAAGCAGGAGCAGGAGAUGGAGGAGGUGAAGAGAAAAGCCACAGAGGAGCUGCAGAAAUUUAAAAGGCAGGAAUCACAGGAGCAGCUGUCCACCACUGAGACCCCUGAAGACCAAUCCUUACAGGUCCAAACAGGCACUGAGGAGGACAACCCUGCAGCUUGUGUAGCUGAGGCAUCCUGUGAUUCAGAGUCUCUGGGGGCUUCUGUGUCCUCCAUGCCCCAGCUUGUGGGGCCUUCUGGCAUGUCAGCUGAGCUCAGUGAGCCCCAGAAAGGGAGCGGUCUGGAGGAGCUGCCCGAGACGACAGAUACAACCUCGAAUUCAGGCGUCAGUGUUGAGGAAAGGCCUCCGUCCCCACAGACUGCUGAUGAGAACAGCAGUCUAAAAGGAGCAGACAGUCCGGAUGCUGCAGAGAAAGCUUGUAUCUCCAGCCAGGAUGAGAAGGGUGAAGGGAAGGAGAAAGGAAGUGGUGAGACAAUGACAGGGAUGCACGGGACAUUGGCAUCCACACGCAUGGUGACCCGCCUGCGCAACCCAGACAGCAAACUGAGUCAGCAAAAGAGCCAGCAGGUGGCAGCAGCGCUCCAUGAGUCGUAUAGAGUGUUCAAGGAUGGAAAAGAAGUUCUGGUGAGCCAGCAAGCAGAAAUAGCUCGCCUCAAUUCACGCAACACCAAAGACCUGGUCAUGAAAGGUUCCUUCUUCCGCCUGGGUCAGGAAGGCAAGUACCGUGCCUACCAGAACCAGUACAGCACUAACACUCUGGCACUCAACAAGCAUCAGCAUAGAGAGGACCAUGACAAGCGCAGACACCUCUCACACAAGUUCUGCCUCACCCCUGCUGGAGACUUCAAAUGGAACGGAUCAAUUUAUGGCUCCAGGAUGCUCACCAUGUGCACGCUGAGGCUAACUAUCAUCCAGUUGGAGAACAACAUCCCAGCACCAUUCCUGCACCCCAACUGGGACUCCCAUAGGGCAAACUGGAGCAAGGCUGUGCAGAUAUGCAACAAGGCACGAGAGUUUGCUUUGGCUUUAGCCAUCCUUGAGUGUGCCAUCAAACCAGUGGCCAUGCUGCCUGUGUGGAAGGACUCAUUGGGGCACACACAGCUGCACCGUAUGACAUCCAUUGAGCGGGAAGAGAAGGAGAAGGUGAGGAAGAGGGAGAAGAAACUGGAGGAAGAGGAGACCAUGCAGCAGGCCACUUGGGUCAAAUAUACCUUCCGUAUUAAACAUCAGGUUUGGAAACAGAAAGGAGAAGAGUACAGAGUGACUGGUUAUGGGGGCUGGUGCUGGAGAAGUAAGACUCGCGUCCAUCGAUUUGUUCCAAGGCUUCUCGGGAACACCAACGCCAACUACCGGCAAGAGCUAGAGGCUGGCAAGAGCAUCAGUAAUACUGCAGACUCAACCCUUGCGAAAAGUCCUGAAAGGCCUGAGAGCAGCAGAGCAAAGGAGGAUAAAAAACAGACAGAUGAAAUGAAAGCGGACGACAGGAAGAAGGACGUAGAGAUGAACGUUGAGGCAAAUACACCUGGUACUCAGAUGGAUGAUGGAAAAGGUUCAGGUGAUGCCCCUGUUAAGCAGGAACAGGAAGAACCCAAUCCUAUAUUUUACGACUUGGUCAACGUGAGUGAGGGCUUCCUGCUCCGCACAGCUUACAAGAAGAAGGUCAGUCCUGCCAAACUGGAUGAGCUGCUUGAGCACCGGGUCAAGCAACAAGUCAUUGAGGAAAGACAGAAGAAGUCAGCUAUUUGUACUAAUCCUAAAGUCGUGAUCCAAAGGCUCAAGUUUAAAAUGGAGCCACAUGGAGCGGUAGCGUGCAUUCAGCCAGAGGUUAAAUCAGACGCCAAGAAGAUUACAGGAACGGAGGAGGUAACCAAAGAGCCUGUUUUAUCUUUGGAGCAUUCUAUUAGCCAAGAAGCUGGGAGAAAUGGGUCAACAGGUGAGAAUGAAGGACAAGUAGGGCUUGUUGGAGGUGGUAACACACCCAGGCUAAGCCAAACUCAGUCUAGUAUUCAAAAGACUACACCACUUUUCCCAGGGGUCACUUGUAAGCAGUCUGUUGGUGUCAAUGAUACAAGCCUGAGUGAAAGUUGUACUGUUCUCCCAUCAUUUGGAAGCAGCAGUGAGCAAAAAGUAUUUAACACGGUGAACCAGCAGUCAUUAGGAGAGAAUAGGGAUUGUUACAGGGACCAGGAGAGUAAAGGAAAUAGUUCACUUUUCUUGCAAAACAGCAGACAGGAUGUUAAGGAACCUGUUCCUGAGGACACUCUGACCAGUAGGGUGGUUAACAAAUUGAAUGACAGGACAAUAGAGGAGGAUAAGAAGGUGCUGUUGCUCAAGGACCCUCUGAAACCUUUAUUAAAUGGAGGUACUAUUCUGGGUGGGGAUCUCAAGAGAAUCAGCAACACGGAUGCCUCAGGCGGAAAUCUUGAGUAUCUUCCUCCACAGAAGGUUCCCCGUCUUGGCGUCACCGUUGAGGAUCUGGCACUGUCCUCUCCAACCAUCCCCAAAUCAGAACCUCCAUUAGAUCACAAAGAGCACAACAGCAUGGAAGCCAGGUUGGACGAGGAUGACAAAGUAUCCCAGGGGAUAGUUGUUCCCUCUCCGGUGCUCUCCGCAGAGGAGUCGAGUCUCAGCAAUGAUUUUGUUGAGGACACAAGCAGCAGGGAUUCUUGCACAACAACAAUGGUUCCACAAGUUACUACCACCAUAACUGCCACCACUAAGUCUCAGACAAUUCGCAGCAGUACAGUGAUGGAGAGCACCGUUUUUACCCUCACCACCGCAACCAAACCCAAGGUCAAACAGGAAACAAAAACCACCUUGGCAUCUUCCUCAACAGAAAACUCAUCCCUGGUAGUCUCCAAGGCAGUAACACGGGUGCAGUCCACGCGAGAACGGGUGCAGCUCAUUCGCUUUUCUAGCACAAAGAAGGUUCGAUCUGAAACAGCUCUUCCAUCUUACUGCAAGUUUGAGACCAACAGCUCCAAGAAGAGCAUUUUCAUUCUUCCCGGCGAAGAGCUGAAGAAGCUGGCACGCAAGGGUGGCUUUAGAGAAGUGUCAGUUUUCAACUACAAUGCCAAACCCGCCCCAGAGUUCUGGCCCUACCCAUCUCCCAGACCCACAUUUGGCAUCACCUGGAGGUAUCGUCUCCAGAAUGUGAAUUCUUUAGCAGGGGUGAGUCUGAUGUUGCGGCUUCUUUGGGCUUGUCUUCGCUGGGACGAUAUGGCCAUCAAACCUUCCUCAAAUGCUGGAACGACACGCACAGAAACAUCCGAGACGGACAUCACCACCACAGAGAUCAUCAAGCGCAGAGACGUCGGCUCUCGAGGUAUUCGGUCAGAAUACUGCAUACGGAAGAUCAUCUGUCCUCUUGGGGUCCCUGAAACACCUAGAGCGGAGACGUGCACACCACAAAGGAAAGGCCUGCGCUCCAGCGCUCUCCGCCCCAAACGCCCUGAGCCGGGCAAGCAGGAUGGUCCGAUCGUCAUCGAAACCUGGGUGCCCGAAGAAGAGCUCCACUUGUGGGAAAUCCGAGCAUUUGCAGAGCGAGCGGAAAGGGAGAAAGCCCAGGCAGCAGAGCAGGCCAGGGUUAGUGCUCGGAGGAAAGCAAUGGAGCUUCAACAACAGAAACGCCAGGAACAAAAGCAACAAGCUGCGGCAGCCUCCACUCCCUCUGCCAGCCCUGCCACCCCCAGCAAUCCCAAAACCACAGCAGGGUCCCUCACCAGCCAGGUCACACCCGGAACCAAAGUGGUACUGGCCGCUAAAAUGGGCACGCCAGUAACAUUCCAGCAAAAUAAAAACUUCCAACAAACAUUUGCUACCUGGGUCCAAGGUCAAGUGUCCAGCAGCACUGUUACCACCGUCUCCACGACGACGGGGCAAACCUUCCAGAUCUCAGGCAGUCCCGUGUCUGUAACAGGCAAAGUCAUCCCUCUUCCUGCCAACAGCAAGAUCUUCACACUCAGUGUGCCCAACAUGCAAGGAGGUGUACAGCAGAAAGUAGUUGGCAUCAUUCCAUCCGGUACCACAGGCAACCAGCAAACCAUCACAACACUGCAACCCAACACAAAUACAGUCAAUAUAACAGCUAAGGCACAGGGGACAGUUACACAACAGGUGAUCACAACUGGAGGACAGCUAAGGACGGGGAUGACAGUUUUACGAACGCCUGCGCAGCAAGGAGCUGCUCUAGGAAAGACCAUCCACAGAGCCCCAAUGGUGGUGCAGCAAGGUCAGCCUGGGAAGGUGGUGACCCAGAUCAUCCAAGGACAGCCUGGUAGCCCUGCAGGCAACACACAGAUCCGGGGCACAACCCCACAAACGACGGCCAGCCCCAGAGCAACACAGGGUCCGGUCAAACUAACCCUUGCUCAGCUCUCACAGCUCAGUCAGGGGACACAGAAGCAGCAGGGAGCAGCGGUGGAAAGCCAGCAGGGGGUCACAGUGAUGGUGCAGGGUCAGGGUCAGACAGCAGGUCAGCUGCAAGUCAUCCCUCAUGGUGUGACCGUGAUCCCAGCAGCUGGGCAGCAGCUCAUGCAGGCCGUCUUACCCAACGGCCAGGUGCAGCGUUUCCUUUUCACACCCACUUCUGCUUCACCUUCCACACCAGGUCAAACUCAGCCUGUCCUCAAGACCUGCAUUCCCUCCCCUGCCCAGCCGGUGCAGGCUGGAGCCUUUGCCCCCCGCACGCCACCAAUGACCGACAAGGCCCAAAUGCCAAUCCAGUCUCCCACCCCUAUACAGGCAAAAUCUACAGUGAACCAGAUGGCUGUAAAACAGCAGCAGGUGAGACCCCAGCUGCAGCUCCACCAGGGGGCCCAGGUCAUUGCACUUCCAGGGUUGCAGUUCAAGCCAGAGCAGACUGUUAAACUCCAGUUGCCCGUACAGAUCCAGCAGCAGGCUGGUGCCACAUGCCAGGCAGGUCUAAAGUCUCAGCAGAUCCAGAAUGUGGUGACGUUACAGACCGCUAGUGUCCAGGAACAGCUCCAGAGGAUCCAGCAGCUUCGUGAGCAGCAGCAGCAAAAGAAACGGCAGCAGCAGGAGGCAAAGAAAGAGCAGCAGCAGCAGGCCAUCAGCCAGAGCGACCUGAUCCAAAAACAGGUGGUGAUGAAGCAGAAUGCGGUGAUUGAGCAGCUGAAACAGAAGAAGACCAUGACGCCAACAGAACGAGAAGAGAACCAGAGGAUGAUCGUGUGUAACCAGGUGAUGAAGUUCAUCCUGGACAAGAUCGACAAGGACGAGAGGCAGGAAGCGAGGAAGAGGAAACGAGAGGAGACGGUAGCGCAGAAACACAGCAAGCAGAUGGCCAUGAAGCUCUCAGCCCUGCUCUUUAAACACAAAGAGCAGCUUAAAGCUGAGAUCCUGAAGAAGAGAGCGCUGCUCGAUAGACAGCUGCAGCUGGAGGUGCAGGAGGAGUUGAGGCGAGAUUUGGAGAAGAUCUGUCGGGAAAGAGAACAAGUUCAAUCUGCCUCCGAUUUCCAGAUCACAAGCACGACGUCGCCGACAACUUAUAAGCGCAGAUAUGAGGAGGAGAUCGCUGCCAGAUCCAAGAAAAAGAUGAUCACAACUACCUCAAGAGAAACCAAGAAGGACACAAAGCUGUACUGUAUCUGCAAGACACCAUACGACGAGACCAAGUUUUAUAUAGGCUGUGAUUUGUGCACCAACUGGUACCACGGUGACUGUGUGGGCAUCACAGAGAAGGAGGCGAAGAAGAUGGACGACUACAUCUGUGCGGAGUGUAAACAGGUGCAAGAGGGAACCACAGAAGAGCUCUACUGCAUCUGCAGAACUCCUUACGAUGAAGCUCAGUUCUACAUCGGCUGUGACCGCUGUCAGAACUGGUACCAUGGCCGCUGUGUGGGGAUCCUGCAGAGCGAGGCGACGUACAUCGACGAGUAUAUCUGCCCUCAGUGUCAAUCCACAGAGGACGCCAUGACCGUCCUCACACCCCUCACCGAGAAAGACUACGAGGGAUUACGAAGGAUCCUCCGCUCACUCCAGGCUCACAAAAUGGCGUGGCCCUUCCUGGAGCCGGUGGACCCCGAAGAUGCCCCUGAUUAUUAUAGAGUAAUAAAGGAGCCUAUGGACCUCUCGACGAUGGAGGAGCGCCUGGUGAAUCGUCACUACAGUAAGCUGACUGAGUAUGUGGCGGACAUGACCAGAAUCUUCGAUAACUGUCGAUACUACAACUCCAGCGACUCGCCCUUCUAUCAGUGUGCAGAGGUGCUCGAGACCUUCUUCGUCCAGAAGCUUAAAGUUUUCAAAGCAAGCAGAUUAUGAUGGCUUAGGUCUUCAGAGCUGGCUGCCUGGCUUACUGUAAACUAGCCUAUCAUGGAGCACCACUGUGUUGUUUUUUUUAAGCAAAGAAAACAGCAUGAACUUUUUGUAUGGAGGAACGAAACUCUUGUUCAGAAGACGGACUGUUAAGCGAUCUAAAGCAGGAGCCAUGUUUGCAUCUCAAUCAGGGGAAAAGCUACUUUUUCUAGUGUAAUAUAUCUUAGUAUGGAAAAGGGUCAUUUACCUUAUUAAGUUAGUAGACCAGUGCGUUUCAUGUGUCUGUAAAGGAAAUACUGUGUCCGUUUUAUUUAGCUGCUUCAUUUAGAAAAGUUUCUGAAUAAGCUUUUGUUAUUUUAAAAUCUCUUACACGAGGUGAGAAACAAGCUUACCUCAUCCAUACUGUAUUUUCACUGGCUAUUAUUAUGUGGAUAUUUGGCAAUGUUACAUUACUAAUUGUUGUAGUCUUUUAUCUCAGUUUGGAGUUGUGUACAUGAUAUUUUUAUGCAUUUGAAAUCCUUUUGUGAAGGAGCAUUACAGAACUGUCGACUGGUUCAUCAAGAGUGUGGAUCUCACAGAUGCUGCAUGUGUAGCGAAACUGGUUCAUGAUCCUGUGAACACCAUUCUAAUGUGUGUCCAGAAUGAAUUAACAUCUAUAAAUGAACAGUUGAACUCA